CAUCACACGCUGCAGUUGAAGAGGUAGCCACGAGCAAAGAAGCCGGCGAGGCAGCUAGUUGUGCGAGCGAGUUUAUUUGAGCCUUGUGCCUGCGACCGGGAGAGAGAGCGCUAGGAUGGCGUCUCUGCAGCUCGGCCUGUACACCGGCGGCAGCAGCCGGAGGAGGGUCCAUGCCAGCAGGAGCGGCGGCCGGUCGGCGGCGGCGGUGAAGCAGCUGCUGUCGAGGCUGAGGUCCACGUGGAGGCGGAGGCGCGCGGCGCGGCCGAGGCGGGCCGCGCCGAGCUUCGGCUACGACCUGCACAGCUACUCCCAGAACUUCGACGACGGCCUUGCCUCCUCCGGCCACCGCCGCUUGUAGCAAGCUUGCCAUGCUUCUCACGGGGAGGCUAGUAGAGUUCUAGUGUGUGUAGGUGGUACUAGCUUAUUUCUAGUUAUUAUGAUUAUUAGGCUAAUCGGCUUGGCUAGCUCAGCUCGUGCAGUCUUUUGUACAGGAUCACUUGCUUCUUCAGUGUAAUCAGCUACAUAUACAUGUAUAUAUUAACACAUACCCUUAAAUACAUAAUUAACAUGAUCUAGUUGCAAUAGA